UCAAGAUUUCGCAUUGCAGCGCGGCAGUGGAGCCACCCGGCCUUCCCCUGGUGGGAUGGCUCGCGGAGCCCCCUACUAACCACCGCUAACCAAGAUACGCUCUGCAGAUUUUAGUUCUAAUUUCAUUGGGGUGCCUCUUUUUUUUGCCUUCUCCUUUCUUCAUCCUCCUCUUUCCGCCACCGCCUCUCGCCUUUCCCGAUAAGCUUCUCUAGAAAAGGGCUUCUUCUCUUGACAGGUGAAAUCGGUUGACAUUUCCCUCGCCGUUGACCUCUCUACGAAUCCUCGCCUCAGCAAACAUCAUCCUUUAAACCCCCACCAUGGGUCUUCUCCAAGACGCCGCAAGCCAUCCGCUUGUCGAGCAGUUCCGCAGCCAGAGCACUGGUCUCCAAGUCGUUAUUGGCCUUACCGCCUUCAUUGUCUUCUCUAUUGUCCUCAAUGUCGCCAACCAAAUUCUCUUCAAGAAGGCCAACGAGCCUCCCAUGGUCUUCCACUGGGUCCCCUUCUUUGGCAGCACCAUUACCUACGGUAUGGAUCCUCCCGCGUUCUUCGAGAAGAACCGCAAGAAGCAUGGUGAUGUCUUCACCUUUGUCCUCCUCGGCAAGAAGACGACUGUCGCUGUUGGCCCGGCCGGAAACGACUUCAUUCUCAACGGCAAGCUCAAGGACGUCAACGCCGAAGAAAUCUACACUGUUUUGACCACUCCCGUCUUCGGACGCGAUGUUGUCUAUGACUGCCCCAACGCCAAGCUCAUGGAGCAGAAGAAGUUCAUGAAGAUUGCCUUGACCACCGAAGCCUUCCGAUCCUACGUGCCCAUUAUCUCGAACGAAGUCACAUCCUACUUCAAGCGCAACGCCGACUUCAAGGGAGACUCUGGCAUUGUUGACAUCCCCAAGAAAAUGGCUGAAAUCACCAUCUUCACUGCUUCUCACGCCCUCCAGGGAAGUGCCAUCCGCGCCAAGUUUGAUGAAUCCCUCGCCGCCCUCUACCACGAUCUCGACAUGGGAUUCAGCCCCAUCAACUUCACUCUUCACUGGGCCCCUCUCCCCUGGAACCGCAGACGUGAUCAUGCUCAGCGCACCAUUGCCAAGAUCUACAUGGACACCAUCAACGAACGCCACGCCAACGCCGAAAAGGACACCGAACUCGAUAUCAUGAAGCAUCUGAUGAACUCUUCUUACAAGAACGGCGUCAAGGUCCCUGACCACGAGGUUGCCCACAUGAUGAUUGCGCUCCUCAUGGCUGGGCAGCACUCUUCUUCUUCUACCAGCUCUUGGAUCAUGCUCCGCCUCGCCCAGAACCCCAAGAUCAUGGACGCCCUCUACGAGGAGCAGGUUAAGGCCUUUGGCAAGAAUCUCCCCGAGCUCGCCUACGAGGACCUCGCCAAGCUUCCCCUCAACCAGGCCAUCAUCAAGGAGACCCUCCGCCUCCACGCCCCCAUUCACUCCAUCCUCCGUGCCGUCAAGUCUCCUAUGCCUGUUCCUGGAACCAAAUACGUCAUUCCUCCCUCCCACAACCUCCUGGCUGCCCCCAUCGUCAGUGCUACCGACCCUGCUUACUUCCCCAGCCCCAUGGAGUGGGAUCCCUACCGUUGGUUGCCCGGCUCUUCCAACGCUCCCACGCUUGUGCGCUCCGAUGAGGAAGAGGAGAAGGUUGACUACGGUUACGGUAUCGUCUCCAAGGGUGCCGCCUCGCCAUACCUUCCCUUUGGUGCUGGCCGUCACCGAUGCAUUGGUGAGCAGUUUGCCAACUUGCAGCUGCAAACCAUUGUGGCCGAGACUGUCCGCCUCUUCAAGUUCAGCAACGUGGACGGCAGCGACUCUCUGAUGGGUACCGACUACGCUUCGCUCUUCUCUCGCCCUCUUGAGCCUGCCAAGAUCCGCUGGGAGAGACGCAACUAGACAUAGUAUUGCGGAACAAUCGAAAACAAAAGGAGAAGAAAAAGCAUGAAUAGAGUUGAGGAGUAAACGUCAUUCCUCUGAAGUAACUGGCCAAGACUGAUUUGGCCCACCAGGGUGUCCAUUUUAUACGGCGUUUUAAUAAGAUUCGUUUGCGUUUCGAGAACGAUUGGCAGGCGCCUGGCCUGUGCCAAAGGAUUGCCCAGCCCAAAGCCAUUUAUUAGAUUUUUAAUACAACCGUACAUAUGUAAUUCCGCUUAAUACACUUUACUUAUAC